AAUUCUAUGGUACGGUCGAUCUAUAGACUUAGUUAUAUAUGAUUUUUAACAUACAUAUUCAAUAUUGCAGCAAUGAGUCAACUUUGAGAAAAAUACAUUAAGAUGGAAUUGACCAUUCUUCACUUCAAUGAUGUCUAUAACAUUGAAGGUCAAAGGGAUGAACCUAAAGGUGGUGCAGCUCGCAUGCAAACAUACAUCAAAUCACAAAAGCACCUUGAUCCAAUUCUUCUUUUCAGUGGAGAUGCACUAAAUCCGUCACUCAUGAGCAUAUUUUUAAAAGGAGAUCAGAUGAUUCCUGUACUUAAUGAGCUUGGAGUAGCAGCAGCUGUUUAUGGGAACCAUGAUUUUGAUUUUGGAGUUGAUCAUUUGGAAGACUUUGCUGACCAAUGUAAUUUUCCCUGGCUGCUAAGUAAUGUUAAAGAUAUGGUUAACAAUGAACCUUUAGCUCGUGGAGAAACCUACGUGAUGUUAGAACAUGCAGGUAUCAAAAUUGGUAUCAUUGGUCUUGUUGAAGAAGAAUGGAUUGACACCCUUUCAACACUGGAUCCUGAAGAUGUGACGUUUAUAGAUUUUGUUGAGGCUGGCGAACAUUUAGCAAAUCUUGUUAGACAAAUGGGAGCCCAGCUUGUAAUCGCUUUAACUCACAUGAGAGUCCCAAAUGACAAAAGGCUUGCAGAAAAUGUUUCUGAAAUUGAUAUUAUUUUGGGUGGCCAUGAUCAUGAUUAUGAAAUCAUUGAUGUUAAUGGGAGAUAUGUUAUUAAAAGUGGAACAGAUUUCCGUAAUAUGAGCAAGCUUACUUUGACACAAAAUGGCUGUGUAAAUAAUCGCUGGAGUGUGAAAAUAGAGAGAGUGGAUUUGGAUUCUUCUAUCCCUGAAGAUGUUGAUAUUAAAAAAAUAAUCGUGAAAAAUUUAGAAAGUGUGGAUGAAAAAAUGGACACAUACCUUGGUACAAUGAAUGUUGAGAUGGAUGGAAGGUUUUCAUCUAUUAGAACACAAGAAACUAAUCUAGGAAAUUUUAUCACAGACAUAAUUUUGACAGCUACUAAAGCUGAUUGUGCCAUUCUCAAUUCUGGAACUUUUCGUUCUGAUCGGAUCCACCCAAAAGGAGAGUUUAAAGUUCGUGAUCUGCUCACCAUAUUGCCAUUGGUAGACUCACUUGUAGUAAUUAAAGUAAAAGGUCAUCAGUUAAUAGAUGCGUUAGAAAAUAGUGUGAGUAAAUACCCAGUGAAAGAAGGAAGGUUCUUGCAAGUUGCUGGCCUCAGCUUUGGUUUUGACCCAACUAAACCAUCUGGUGAAAGAGUUGGAAGAGAUUUGGUUCGAGUUCAAGAUGAGUACAUUGAUUUUGACAAGGAUUAUCUGGUUGCUACAAAGGAAUAUAUUGCUCAGGGAAAAGAUGGAUUUGAUGUUUUUAAGAACUGUGAAGUUGUGAUCAAUGCAGAGCAAUGUUCAUCUCUUUCUACAAUGGUGCAGAAUCAUUUUGAAGCUGUCAGAAUCUACAAUGGAGAAAUUGAAUGCAAAUCUGGACAUCGCCAAAGCUUAGUUUCUCUCAAAAGGCGAGAUGAAAUGGUCAAACAACUUAGUAUUGACUUAGAGAAAUGUGAUCAACCAAGAAAACUUAUUCGUCAGGAAAGUAUACAAGGAAUGGAGAGUGAAUUGAACCUCCUUGCCCCUAGAGUAGAAGGCAGAAUUUAUUUCCUCACUGAAGAGAAAAUCAAUGUCAUGCAGACUUUGCUACCAGGGCUCAAGGCUCGCAGUCUGAGUAUGGUGAAGGAAGAUUCCAGUUCGCUCUCUGGCAGUUCGCUAAGCAGCAUGACCCUAGAAAACUAAGUCUAGCUAUUCCUCAGAGUAUUUGUCAUUUUUAAUUAGUCUAAUGAAAUAUCUCUUUCAUAUUGUUAACAUUAUACAUAUAUAUAUAUAUAUUAAAUUAAUACAUUUGAUAUGUUCUUGUUUGAAUCAUUUUUGACCAAUAUGAUGCCUAAAGAUUCAAAUUACUGUAUUCAAACUUUUUCAAUGGGUGAAAGAAAACCUAAACUUUCAGUGUAAAGAAUUAUAAGUUGCCAAUCAUGCUGAUUAAGAUACAACUUUUGUUAUUGUUCAA